AUGGAAGCACCUAGCCAACCACAGAAUACUGCCUCUGUCACUGAAACACGUGUGAUCACCGUCUGUGAGAGUGAAUUGCUGGAAACAGGUCGUCUCAAGAAACACUGUGUUGCUGACACGCUGGAAACAGGUGAUCUCAAGCAACACAAAGAUCGUGGUGGUCCUUCAAAGCGAUCACAGUGUGGAAAGUGUGGGGCAACAUUUAUUAAAUCAGGUGCCACGAAAAGGCACAUGCUUUGUCACAGUGAAGUCAAGCUUCAUCAGUGUGAUGAAUGUGGGAAAGGAUUUACUCAAUCAUGCAGCCUGAAGGCACACAUGUGGAUUCACAGUGUAAUCAAGCCUUAUCAGUGCACUGUUUGUGAAAAAACAUUUACACUAUCAGAUGCCCUGCAGAGAUACAUGCGAAUUCACACUGGAAUCAAGCCGUAUCAGUGUGUUGAAUGUGGGAAAGGAUUUAAACAUUCACAUCAGCUGCAGUCACAUAUGAGGAUUCACAGUGGAAUCAAGCCGUAUCAGUGUGUUGAAUGUGGGAAAGGAUUUACACAAUCAUGUAACCUGCAGACCCACAUGAGGGUUCACAGUGGAAUCAAGCCUUAUCAUUGCAUUGUGUGUGAAAAAACAUUUACACUAUCAGAUGCCCUGCAGAGACACAUGCGAAUUCACACUGGAAUCAAGCCGUAUCAGUGUGUUGAAUGUGGGAAACGAUUUACACAUUCAAGUAGCCUGCAGUCACACAUGAGGGUUCACAGUGGAAUCAAGCCGUAUCAGUGUGUUGAAUGUGGGAAAGAAUUUACAGAAUCUGGUAACCUGCAGUCACACAUGAGGAUUCACAGUGGAAUCAAGCCGUAUGAGUGUGUUGAAUGUGGGAAACGAUUUACACAGGCAGGUAGCCUGAAGUCACACAUGAGGAUUCACAGUGGAAUCAAGCCGUAUCAGUGUGUUGAAUGUGGGAAAGGAUUUAAAGAUUCACAUCAGCUGCAGUCACACAUGAGGAUUCACAGUGGAAUCAAGCCUUAUCAUUGCAUUGUGUGUGAAAAAACAUUUACACUAUCAGAUGCCCUGCAGAGACACAUGCGAAUUCACACUGGAAUCAAGCCGUAUCAGUGUGUUGAAUGUGGGAAACGAUUUACACAUUCAAGUAGCCUGCAGUCACACAUGAGGGUUCACAGUGGAAUCAAGCCGUAUCAGUGUGUUGAAUGUGGGAAAGAAUUUACAGAAUCUGGUAACCUGCAGUCACACAUGAGGAUUCACAGUGGAAUCAAGCCGUAUGAGUGUGUUGAAUGUGGGAAACGAUUUACACAGGCAGGUAGCCUGAAGUCACACAUGAGGAUUCACAGUGGAAUCAAGCCGUAUCAGUGUGUUGAAUGUGGGAAAGGAUUUAAAGAUUCACAUCAGCUGCAGUCACACAUGAGGAUUCACAGUGGAAUCAAGCCUUAUCAUUGCAUUGUGUGUGAAAAAACAUUUACACUAUCAGAUGCCCUGCAGAGACACAUGCGAAUUCACACUGGAAUCAAGCCGUAUCAGUGUGUUGAAUGUGGGAAACGAUUUACACAUUCAAGUAGCCUGCAGUCACACAUGAGGGUUCACAGUGGAAUCAAGCCGUAUCAGUGUGUUGAAUGUGGGAAACGAUUUACACAUUUAAGUAGCCUGCAGUCACACACGAGGGUUCACAGUGGAAUCAAGCCGUAUCAGUGUGUUGAAUGUGGAAAAGAAUUUACAGAAUCUGCCAGUUCCUGA